AUGAUAACAGCCGUGAACGACUUUCUAGAAGAUCUUCGAGGGGGAAGGAUGGCUGAGGCUCCAGUAGUGACAGUGGAACAGGGACAACUGCAGGGCCGUGUGGUGAACAGUCCCUCUGGCAAGGCUUUCUACAGCUUCCAGGGGAUCCCUUAUGCUAAACCACCACUAGGAUCUCUGAGGUUUAAGGCGCCCCAACCACCAGAACCAUGGGACGGCAUCCGCGAUGCGUCCGCUGAAGGCAGUGUCUCCGCACAAAUCGACUUCUUCAAGAAAGAAUACGUGGGCGAUGAAAACUGCCUCUUCCUGAACGUAUACACUCCCAAUUUAGAUGGAGAAUUCCUCCCAGUCAUGGUCUUCAUCCACGGAGGAGGUUUUGUGUUCGGAUCAGGUAACUCCAGCCUAUAUGGAGGAGACUACCUCGUAGAAAAGGAUGUUGUUGUAGUAACCUUGAACUAUAGAUGCGGAGUCCUUGGAUUUUUGAGCCUGAGCACUCCAGAAGUCCCCGGAAAUGCUGGAUUAAAGGACCAAGUCCAAGCUUUGAGGUGGAUCAAGGAAAACAUCCAUAAUUUUGGAGGAAACAGUGGUAACAUCACCAUUUUUGGUGAAAGCGCUGGUGGAGCAGCUGUUUCUCUCCUUACUGCUAGUCCGUUAACCAAGGGUUUGAUCAAUAAGGCAAUUAUUCAGUCAGGUACUGCUUUAUCAUACUGGACUGUGCAAAAAACCCCUAUUGAAAACGCCAGAAACCUAGCCAAGAGCUUAGGCUGCGAAUCUGAUGACCCUGAAGAAGUUCUAGACUUCUUAAAUGCUACUUCUGCUCGGGAGUUGGUGGAAGCUCACGAAAAGCUAACUCCUACAGAGUUAUUCCCUGAAGUGAUCAACGCUUUUGGUGUAGUCGUUGAGAAGGAGUUUCCAGGAGUCGAAGCGGUUAUCACAGAGCCGUUCAUAGACCUGCUAACGUCAGGCAGAAUAGCAGAAACACCAAUAAUGAUUGGAUCAACUUCUUUAGAGUUUGCUUUCGAAAGAAGAACGGAUGAUUUGCAAGGUUUCAUUCCAGAAGAACUGAAUAUCGAGAGGAAUUCGGAACAGGCUUUGGAAAUCGCUGAUCAGAUUAAGAACUUGUACUUUAAAGGUAGCCACACUGGUGUGGAGAGUCUCCCAGAAUACUUUGAGCUUCUAUCGGACAAGACUAUCAACGUGGACACACAUAGACACGUCCAAUACUUGAUAAAUGUGUCCAAAAAGCCAAUUUAUUAUUACAAGUUUGACUACGUUGGUGAAUUAAAUAUUUCCAAGAAGGUUUUGAACACAUUUGGACUUAAACGAGCGAUGCAUAUGGAUGAACUUGGUUACCUGUUCCGUAAUGACCUGCAGAAGGAUGUGGAGCCCACCACUCUUGAUAUUAAGAUGAGGGAGAGAAUGCUGAGGCUGUGGACUAACUUUGCGAAGGGCGGGAACCCAACACCUGAUGAGAACCACUACCUCAACGUGACCUGGUUGCCAGUCACCAAGGACAACCUCUACUACCUUAACCUAGGCCAAGAACUAUCCUUAGGCACAAACCCAGACAAGGAAAAGAUGGACUUCUGGGACAGCUUAUACAGCAAAUACUACCGAAUCUGGGACCACCCAAGGUCAAACAACGAUGAGAUCACCCUAAAAUUAUCAUCGGAACCGAAAAUCAUCGAAUCAUACUCCGAAACUGUGACUGUUUACUCCGAAUCCAGUGAAUUCACGGAAUCCCAUACCUACGUAUCGGAGACUACAGAAAUCGUGAAGGAGAACAACGAAAUUGUCUCCGAGACUCACGAAUUCAUCACCGAAAAUAACGGAGAACCGGUCGAGUCUAACGAAGUAAUCACUGAAGUUAUCGAAAAUAACGAAGCGGUGUUAGAAAACAACGACACUGCUGUGGAAAACAACGAACCAGUCGUAGAAAAUAAUGACCAUGUCGUAGAAAACGUAGAAGAUGUAGAAAAGAAUGAAAUAGACCAUGCUAAGGUUGAAGAAAAAAUUCAAGAGCCGGUAAAAAUUGAGGAAAGCCAUCCCAGCCAGCCUCCUGUAACUGCAGUUCUAAACGGUGAUCGCAAGGUCCAGCCAAGACCUUCGAACGAGAUCAAAAUGGUCUCAAGGUCGAACGGGGCUCCUAAAGACGUGAUCAGGGCGAAUGACCCACCAGAAGAUGAUCUGCCCAAAAAUAUUGGAGUGAAUAAGUUUGUCAAUUUCUUCGAGUCACUUGGUGGUAAGAAGUAA